AUGGCGGAAUAUAAGCUGAAUGACUUCGAGACGUUUCGCAAUCUCAUAGCCGGUGAGCUCAGCGGAACGGGUAAGACUAUUCGUGCAGUCAACCCCAGCAACGAAGAGGAGCUUGCCGAGGUGCCAGUCUCGACGCAAGAAGACGUUGACCGUGCUGUCGAGAGUGCGAAGGCGGCAUUCCCAUCAUGGAGCAGCCUCUCUCAGGAUGAGCGGGCGGCAUACCUGGCCAAGUUUGCAGAUGCCGUUGACGCAAACGCACAAGAACUAUCGGCACUGCUAGGAAAGGAGACCGGCAAGCCACGACAGGCAGCGGGCAUGGAGUUGUUCAUCCUCACCGCGCAGCUGCGCGAGACCAUCAAGCUCCGCUUGACUGAGGAGUUGAUCGAGGAUUCGGACGAGAAAAGCGUCGUGAUUCGUCACGUUCCCAUUGGCGUUGGUGUCGGUAUCGUCCCGUGGAACUUUCCCAUGCUGCUCGGAGUUGUCAAGCUCGUAUCCUCGCUCCUCGUCGGCAACGUCUUCAUCUGGAAGCCUUCGCCAUUCAGUCCCUAUACUGCACUAAAGCUGGGAGAGCUUGGCGCCAAAAUCUUCCCCAAGGGCGUGUUCAGCGUUCUCAGUGGCGACGAAAGUCUUGGACCAAUGUUCACGUCGCACCCGGAUGUGGGCAAGAUCAGUUUCACCGGAUCUGUCGCCACUGGCAAAAAGGUGAUGGCAGCCUGUGCUCCCACCUUGAAGCGUGUGACCCUCGAGCUGGGAGGCAACGACGCGGCCAUUAUCUGCCCUGAUGUCGAUAUCGCAGCUAUUGUGCCCAAGGUUGCCACUGUGGCUCUCAUGAACACCGGCCAGGUUUGCCUGUGCGUCAAGCGUGUAUACGUGCACGAGGACAUCUACGACGAGUUCCUCAAGGCUUUCGUGGAAUUUGUCAAAACCCUGAAGAGAGGUGGCCCCGAAGAUGCCGAGGCUUUCAUCGGAUCAACCCAGAACGGCAUGCAGUAUGCCAAGCUGCAGGACCUGUACCGCCACAUCUCCAAAGAGGGGUGGAAGGUCGUCCUCGGUGGCGAGCCCUCGGAAUCUGACAAGGGCAAGGGCUUUUACAUGCCGACCACUGUGAUAGACAACCCUCCCGAAGACUCAAAGCUUGUGACUGAGGAGCAGUUUGGGCCUAUUGUCCCGCUCUUGAAGUGGGCGGAUGAGGAGGAUGUCCUGCGCCGUGCUAAUGUGUCCUUGAUGGGCCUUGGGGGCUCUGUCUGGAGCAAGGACCUGAAACGAGCUGAGCGCAUGACGCGGCGUCUGGAGGCUGGUACCGUCUGGGUCAACACUCAUUUCGAGGUUGGCCCGCACGCUUCGUUUGGAGGUCACAAGGAGAGCGGUAUUGGUGUCGAAUCUGGGAUCGGCGGCUUGAAGGGAUGGUGCAAUCCCCAGACGGUCUGGGUGAAGAAGAAUUAG